UUAAAAUGACAACAGCAGCAAGGCCAACAUUUGAACCUGCAAGAGGAGGAAGAGGAAAAGGUGAAGGAGACUUAAGUCAGCUAUCCAAACAAUAUUCCAGCAGAGACCUUCCUUCUCAUACUAAAAUCAAAUACAGACAGGCCACUCAGGAUGCCCCUGAAGAGGUGCGUAACCGUGAUUUCAGAAGGGAGCUGGAGGAGAGAGAACGGGUUGCUGCAAGAGAAAAGAAUAGAGACAGGCCAACCAGAGAACACACAACAUCAUCUUCUGUGUCGAAGAAGCCUCGGCUAGACCAGAUUCCUGCAGCAAAUCUUGAUGCAGAUGAUCCUCUUACUGAUGAAGAUGAUGAAGAUGAGGACUUGGAAGACAGUGAUGAUGAUGACACUGCAGCUCUUCUGGCUGAACUGGAAAAAAUCAAGAAAGAACGAGCUGAAGAACAGGCUCGGAAGGAACAAGAGCAAAAGGCUGAAGAAGAAAGAAUUCGGAUGGAGAACAUUCUGAGUGGUAACCCACUGCUGAAACUUACUGGCCCAGCACAGCCUCAAGCAAAUUUCAAAGUGAAGAGGAGAUGGGAUGAUGAUGUUGUCUUCAAGAAUUGUGCCAAAGGGAUAGACGAAACAAAAAAGGACAAAAGAUUCGUGAAUGAUACUCUGCGAUCAGAAUUUCACAAAAAGUUCAUGGAAAAAUAUAUCAAGUAGUACAAUUUUAUCUGUGGUGCUGAAGGACUUGGAAGGUCAUGGUUAUUCCCUCCCUUUCCCUCAGAAUUCAAAGCUGAAUACUUGGUCAUGAAUUCCCAAAUGCUUUUCCAAGAUCACCAGCUUCAUAAUUAGUAAUUAUGUAUCUGGAGUUUUUAUUCCUGCAGUAUGUGUUCCUUUUCAGUUUUAAUUAAAUCAGUUUGUGUUUCCUGAAUGUUUGUGUUCACGUGCAUUUACUUUUACUGGCUGCCUUGUAGAUAGAAGUGAAGCUGGUUUGCAAUAAAUACUUCUAAUUGUUUCAAUUGCUUUCCAAA